AUGUCGCUGAUACCGUAUCAGCCCCAUGAGGGCAGAGAAAUUGUGCUGCGCCACCACAACGCCAUUGUAGUUCGCGAUUCUCAGUCCCAUCGACUCGAAAUUCGAGGCAUUUCAACAUGCCCAACAUGCCAUCAACCGCUUACUCGUUCCGAAAACACUUCCGAUCGAAGCUAUGAUCGCUCCUUUGGCGCUCGACAAGAGAGCUACGUCGAUCCCGAUUACUUUCGCAUGCUCCGCGCCGUCAACUCGAAUCCCGAUACAACGACCGAUCAUGGACCCCCUAGUCCCGUAAGGAGACUCUUUGGACCUGUUCUCGGUGGUGGCAGUAGCCCAACUACAAACCAGACAUCGCCGUCGCCGGCUCCAGACGAAGCCGAAUUUGUCUCGAGCACACCUGGUGUCGCACAAUCAGAAGGCAGCAGGAUACGAAGGGAUGCAUUUAGUCCACACUAUUUCGAUACUUUCUUUGUCGAGGAACGGAUUUUAGGGAAAGGAGGCAAGGGCGUCGUGCUGCUUGUAAGGCACGAGAUUGAUGGUUGUGCCCUGGGCCAAUUCGCCUGCAAAAGAGUCCCCGUUGGAGACGAUCAUGCAUGGCUAGAGAAAGUUCUCAUUGAAGUCGAACUGCUUGCGAAGCUUUCACACCCGAAUCUUGUCUCCUAUCGACACGUCUGGCUCGAGGACGUCAGACUCACUCGAUUUGGCCCCAGCGUAGCUUGCGCAUUCAUUCUUCAACAAUAUUGUAAUGGUGGCGAUCUCCACCAGUACAUCAUUGGCGGCGCACCCCGCGAGGCCACCAAAGAAGAACUCAAGGCACAAAUGCGCCGCAGGUCAAAGGGCCAACUAGACACGCCUGUUGAUCUGUUAACCGGCAAUCGCAAACUUCCGUUUGAUGAGAUUUACUCGCUGUUCAAGGACAUCACUUCUGGCGUAGCAUAUCUUCAUGCUGCUAAUUAUAUCCACCGCGAUCUCAAACCAAGUAAUUGUCUACUCCACCGAGAAGGUGGUAGGACGAUUUGUCUCAUCAGCGACUUUGGUGAAGUUCAGCCCGAGAACAUGGUUCGCAAAUCUUCAGGUACUACUGGAACUAUUUCAUAUUGCGCCCCUGAAGUACUCAAGAUGGAUACCACAUCAGGACGUUACGCAAAUUUCACGACAAAGUCUGAUGUAUUUUCGCUCGGAAUGAUCCUGUAUUUUAUGUGUUUCGGGAGACUCCCCUACCAAAGCGCAAAUGCUCUCCAAGAAGAGCUUGAAGAUGUGGAUGAGCUCCGAGCAGAGAUCACCCACUGGCAAGGCUUCCAGGAUGAGCGACGCGAACGACCUGAUCUCCCCUCAAAGCUCUAUCAGCUGUUGAAAAAAUUGCUGGCGCUCAAUCCUGCCGAAAGGCCCAGUGCUAAUGAGGUCCUCAAGGCUAUGAGAGGCGAGUCGAUGAGCUUUGAGAACGGCACAAGUCAGGAACCCACGCCAAGUCUUGGAAUCGGGACUCGCAUACAAAACCUAGACUCACCCGCUCCUCCAGGUACCCCAGUUCCAGGCCCUCGACACCGACAUCAGUCAGCACCACUAGAUAAGUUCGAAGAGCUUGGUACAUUGGCGAGAUCGACUUCACGAGAUAUAUCGCCGUCAAAGAGCGGACAGAGCUCACGUCUGGAUCCCACUCGCCAAUCGCUAUCGCGGCAUCAUGGCUCUCAGUCCAUGGUUGUAACCCGCAGCCAGGAAAGUCGUCGUAGUUCCCUCGUGACCCCAGCUGUCAGCGUCAGCGAUGCUUCCGAACAUGGAGAACUUCACGAGAGACGGAACUCCCAAAGUCCUCCGCUUCUCAUGGCACCGCCCACUACGGCAGCUGAUGCUCUGAGGCGGAGAGUAACCGUGUUCAUCAUCCAUUUCAUGCAUCUAGCAGGCCCGUACUCCCAGCUAGUAAGCUACAUGGUCCGUCUGGGUCUCUUUGCCGUCAAGAUAACAACCCUCACUCGUCCCUGUUGGCCACUCAUGGCUCAGCCCAACGUAGCGAUCCCCCUUGUUGGCGUAGCAGCCCUUGACCUUGGUCUACCGCGAGUCACAAGUUACUCGCCUGUGCUUAGGCAGGACUACGGGGAUUACUUUGCCAGUGGACCUCGGGCGUGGGGUUUAGGUAUGAGUCUGAUUCUGCUGGCCCUUCACUUCACAGUGCUGUGGGUCGCAUCUGGUUGGGAGACUUUGUGUAUGGUGAGGCAGCAUGACGUCUGGGCGGAUGGACCGUGGUGA